AUGGGUUUCUCCAUAGCUAUACCUAGGGGUGUUCUAACUAAAGCAGCGGCUAGGGCUGUUGAACGUCUCGGAGUGAGAAAUGGGAACGAGAAUGAAUACGGAAAAGAUAAUGGGAAUGAUGAGAAUAACUUAGGGCAUCCUGAAAGACCUAUAACCCUUGCGACAUUUCUGAAGGUUAAUCCGCUUAAGUUUAAGGGUACACUCGUUGCGACUGACGCUGAUAACUGGUUUCGAGAUGAAUUCUACAAGAAAUAUUUCCCAAGAGCAGUGCGUGAUGCUAAAGAGAUAGAGCUUAUGCAACUGAGGCAAGGGGGUAUGACUGUUGCUGAGUAUGCUCAAUGGAAGUGCUUGAAGUUUGAAGGAGGCCUUCGUGAUGAUCUGAUGAGUUCAAUAGUUCCGUUGGAGAUACGUAAUUUUGCUGAAUUAGUCAACAAGAGUAAGUUAGUAGAAGAAUGUAUUAAGAAAGUGAUUGUGGCCAAGGUGAGUUGCCAAGGAUUUCCACCAAGGCGUCUUAGUAAUCAUCAGGCAGCUGGGAGAAGGGUGCAUUUUAAAGCGCGUGGCAUACGACAACAUAAGAAUCUACAAGUUGGUAACAUUACUGCUCGCCGUACGGGUAAGAAUGGAGGUAAAGCAAGGCAAUGCAAUGGUGAACGAGCCCAUCAGGCUUACAUAAACACUGCAUGUAAGCAAUGCGGAAAAGAGCAUGAUAACAGGUCUUGCCAGUUUGGAUCACCUAACUACUAUGCUUAUGGAGAACUUGGACAUAUUGCCAAGGAUUGUCUGAAGGGAUUUACUCAAAAUUCAGUUAGAACCCAGCAACAAGGACGAGUGUUUGCUAUCACUAUUGAUGAUGUUGUGCAAUCGAACGCCCUCAUUCAAGGUUAG